AUUGACUUCAAAGAAGUAUAUGUAAUUUAUAUACAUUUUAUUCUAACAGAAGCAUAUUGUAUAUUCACACUACACCUUUUUGGUGCAGUUUGUCACUUUUUGUGUUAGUCUGUUUUACUUUUGUAUCUUUUCUCCUGCUCUGUAAAUUCAACUUUAAUCACACAUAAGAUGCCGCAGGCUCUAGAAGGCUAUUAACAGAUCAGGAGGGUUUGCUGGAUGCCACUGGGAGAACCUAGGAUAUAUUAGAUACUGUUUAUGUCAGGACAAAACAUCAUCAAUCCUUGUAGAUUGAUGACUUGUAACCAUGGAAACCAUUUCUUAUUCAGGAACAAUGUGAGUUUGAAGGAGUGGUUGUUUAUUUUUCUGACGAAGAGGUGAAUUGUUUAAAAGAAGAAAAGGAGGAAGAGAAGGAGCUUUACAGGGAUGUCAUGAUGGAGACCCUCUGCUCUCUUGGUAAGAAUAUCUCAGCCUCCUUGUAGGAAACAUUUCACAUUGGAGACCAGACAUAUCUUUAGGUAAUUUCUUCAGAACUGUUUGUAUUCGUUGUAUUAUAUCUGUACAGGAAUCUGAAAUCUAAUGACUGAUCUCUCACUUUAAACACAUAAAGAACAGAUCAAUGGGACAACUCCAUCCGUACCUGUGUUUAAAGGAGGUGAAGGCAAGCAGAAGAUUAAGGAGACAGAGAGUCCUGUAAACACAGGUAGGGGUCGGAAGGCUAUGGCUUGUGGAGCACUGUGGGGAUAUUUAUGGGAUGAUAAUAUUAAACAGUCGAGAAUUGCCCACUAUUUCAAUUCUCUUAGAUCUCAGAGAUCGUUAUCAUGUAAGUGAAAUGUAUUCCAUACAAAUGAAAUCACAAUUUGUUAUAAAAAUAGAUUUAAUUUAUUGUGACAAAUAAAAUAACAAUAAUAUUAGGCAGCAUGCAUGAUAAUAAUCAGUGAAUAUUUAGUAUAACAUAAGUAUGCAAUACAUUGGAAUGGCUAUACACGUUCCAAUGGCUAACAACAUCACCUGUAACUUAAUAAGAUUUAUGAGGGUACUUCACAGACAAAAGUAAAGCUUCACGCAGCGAAAAGCCAUAAAACCUUGGCUAACAGUUAAAUCAACUGAGUAACCCUUUCAAUGCUGGCUAGAUCCUCCUAGGCAUAUAAUAUCCUAUUCUCAUGUAAUUUUCAAUUAAAAUAACAGUCAAACCAACUCAUUAAUCAUUUCCUGGAACCAUCCAAUAAGAAUAAUCUACCAGAUUUUUACAAAAGCCGAAUUUUAAUUUGCCUAAAAAGAUAUCUUAUUUUAGAGCAAAUCAAUACACCUGGAUAAAAAUAGCGGUAUGCUAACACGUAAUACUAUCACAUUAAUAUAUAAUUAUUCUUAAUUCCACCUGCAGAAUGUAAUGUUUAUAACUAUAUAUUCUUUAGUUAACUAAGAUUUCUAAAUAUUGAAACCUGACCGUGAUUUAUCCAGUCAUAUAUCAUGCUAUUAGUAAAUUUAAAUUAAUUAAAUAAAACCAGCAUAAUUACCAGUUAUGUAGAUAUUCUCAUCAGAUGAGUAGGUAGUCCCAGAAACUUGAUUGGUUGUAGGGAGGUGCGUGAGUGAUAGAGAAAAGUGGUGUUGGUUAGAAAGUAUCAGUAAAUUUUAAGUGUCAAGGAGUUUAAGAGUUGAGUGUUAGUCCCAGAGAGUGCCCUGAAUCUCUCUCUCUGCAUGUCCGAAUCUGAAUCCCCAAACUCCACCAACUAACUCUCUCUUUUCCCUUUGUCCUAACUUUUUUUUAAAGUGCCAGACUCUCUGUACAUCAUUAGUUGAUAAAGCUAAUAGGAAACUCUAGGUGGGUUCAAUCUAUGGAUCGCAAUUUAGGUAUUUGAUCCAUAGAGGGCAGUCUCGCCUCACUAAACCUUCCUAUCCAGGAAAGAGUUAACUUUUCCUGAUGACGAUUUUGACGUCAUUUGGCUUAUCUAAAAUGACUACCAUAACUUAAAUUUGCUGUCCGUUCAAAGCAUUUGUCUCAGUCUUUGUGGCAACUACUUUGAUCGUAAUUUGUAAAAUUGACCGUUCUAAACUCAAUUUCGCGCAUUACUUACAAUGGGACCUUGUAAAAUUAAUUACUUAGUCUUCUCUGUCACUUGUGUCUGUGUUUAUAUAAUGCAUUCCUUAGCUCAGGCUCAGUGGUUAGUGAAAGCAAGGAAAUUAUGUGUCUUUGUUAUCCUGAAGAUAGGAAAAUGGAGUCCGCUCUGUUCUGAGUGACUCUGGCAAUAUAUACUUUUCAUUUCUUUCUUAGCACAAAAUGUCUGCUGAUAUAACUAUCCUGACAGCACAGUGUCUGUCUGUUUUGGUGUCUUUGUUUAUAUCAUACCUGCAGACUUACUAAAGAGAUGUCCAUCGCAUGCAGACCUGUACAUACAAUGAUUUAUUAACAUACAUUAAUUGCCACAAUUUUGCAAAUCAAAAUUUUAAAAGCAACACUUAUUUAAAAAAAAAAAGAAAAAAAAAAAGAGAUUUGGUUGAAUUCCGUAUGUGACAAGACCAUCUUGUCCCUGAAUUAUUAAAGCUCUUUCCUCUGUUUUCCUGUUUAUUUGGUCCACAGUGUUCGUCUGUGAUUUUAUUAUUCUGUUCGAAUACCGAACAAGCCAACGAACCACACGUGUGCUGCUCGUUAACCUCAGUCACCCUGUUAAAACCUCAUUAACACUGGUAACCGCAACAUUCCAAGCUGUCAGCUGGGUGGUCGCCGUUCAUAUGUACGAAAUCGUGGUGGUGGCCAUCUAGAGCUGCACACACACGCAGCUGUGUUUUGGUCGUAGAGUUCGUUGAACUAAAAUCGGACACUUGACUGCCCCGUACCGCUGAACUUCCAUCUCCGCCUGUGUUUGACUAUAUUCCUACAAAAGGACACUGUUCGGUGGAAGCUUACUCCCGAACGAGGGAAAUAGAACCAUCAUAGGGACAGAUAUCUAUGUUCGAUAUUUUGUACCCCCGAAAGAGACCGACCGCUCAUCCCAAUUCCAUUGAACUAUUCUGGGCAGGAGCCUCGCAUGCGGUUUGUCAGACCUUAACCCCGGUGGCAUUUCGGCUGUGUUCAUGGGAUCUGAGCGCCCAACAUAUCCAAAAAGUGCUCAGAUCUAUCCGGGGAUAUAGGACUUAAGGGGGUACCUGAUCGUAAUUGUUUGUAUUUUGGGGUGUCACAAUUGUACAUGCUCUGUACCUGAGAUAAUCUAAUUUAGAUGUGUUUUCAAGCAGUUCUCUCUGAGGUACAGAGAAAACCAUGAAGGGGAUUACCCUGUAAUGUUGAUUUGGAAACCCCUUGCAGGGGCUUUUACAUAAAAGGCCUUGUGUGGCCUCCAAUAAACAAGUUCACCCGCAGCAUUCAAUCUCGAUGAACAUCUGUGGGGGGGGAAGCUAUAACUGCUAGUGAGGUCCAGCACGCAGAACUAUGUAACAUCUACAUGGACAGAAAAUGAUAGAACGUAAACCGGUCCUUAGAAUGGCCGGACUAACACGUUAAAGACAGACAACGGUCAAGGAAGCCAGAAAUAUACAAUACCGUUUAACAAGUAAAGUCAGGGAAACCUAAAAUCAGAAUAGUCAAGGUCAAAAUACCGGGAAUAUCAAAACAGGACAAGAAAACGAACUCUCAGGAACCAGGAACGAAAACCACGACAAGGCAAUGAACUGGGAAAAAUCAGGGUUUUAAAUAUCCCUCCUUUGCCUGUGAUUGGUCAGAUGAUAACCUCUGACCCCAGAACAAGCGUGUGCGUCGACGUCACACGCACAUUCGUGUGACCCUGGGGGGCGCAGCUACCUGUGGCUGCGACCCUAUGGUUGGGCCAUCUUUAUUUUGGGCAGACGGCCAGGAGAACCAAUCAGCGCGGCUUGUGGUGCCUGGUGCAGUGCUUAUAGUACUUGGUGAUACUAGGAAGCAGUGAUUGGCGCAGGUACCCAGUUGGGGUGCCAGGUGGUUCACCACACCGUAUAUUAAGUCCAUGAAAUUGGGCCACAGUGCAAAAACCAGUGCAGAAGGUCAGGGCCAGCCUUGGGCCUUUAUGCGCCCUGUGCGAAAAAUCUUCACAACGACUUCCCCCUCCCCCCCCCGCCAGUCAUCCAUGUAUGAUGUAAUGUUUGUGUUGUCUUUGUAUGUGACAGGUGUGAUGACUGUGUGUGAUAUCUGUAAUGGGUGUAUUAACAGUGUAUGAUAUGCGUGUAUUGCUUGUAUGUGAUAUUUGUUCUGGGUUUAUUGGCUGUGUUUGGUUAUUUAAUUCAGAUAACACGCAUUUAGGCCUAUGUGUGAAUGCAGGUGUAGAUUUUUGCAGAUUUAUGUGCACAGUCAGAUGCACACAGUUGUACAUAUACACUGUCAAAUCCACCACAGGCACAUAGUCACAUACACAAGAUCAGGCAGAACACACAGGUACAGGUAGAUAAACACUCACACACACACCGUUACACUCACACUGACAAUCACACAUACAGUUGCAAGAAAAAGUAUGUGAACCCUUUGGAAUGAUAUGGAUUUCUGCAUUCACAAAUUGGUCAUAAAAUGUGAUCUGAUCAUCAUCUAAGUCACAACAAUAGACAAUCACAGUCUGCUUAAACUAAUAACACACAAAGAAUUAAAUGUUGCCAUGUUUUUAUUGAACACACCAUGUAAACAUUCACAGUGCAGGUGGAAAAAGUAUGUUGCUCAGCAUUAACCCUUCUGUGGAUUUGGUUGCUGCUUGGCACAACUUUUCCUGUGUGGACAGUGAAUGUCACUAACCACAUUUUUAUAAGCGGAUGAAUACGUGACAUGUAUAUAGUAAAUGCUGUGUGUGUGUGUGUGUGUGUGUGUGUGUGUAGUGAUGUAAUUUGUGUUUAGUCCCCCGUCCCUGCUUCUUACCAGGGCAGGGGGAUAUAGUAAUCCCUGGUGGUCCGGUGGCUUGUGAAGUACUGGAGGGGGUUGGCAGGAAUCUCCUUUUUGUGGCAAAAUUGGUCCCAUAGGAAUGAAUGGCGGAAUGUUCAAAACUAGAGUGGGGAGUCGUUGUGAAGAUUUUUCGCACAGGGCGCAUAAAGGCCCAAGGCCGGCCCUGACCUUCUGCACUGGUUUUUGCACUGUGGCCCAAUUUCAUGGACUUAAUAUACGGUGUGGUGAACCACCUGGCACCCCAACUGGGUACCUGCGCCAAUCACUGCUUCCUAGUAUCACCAAGUACUAUAAGCAGGAAGCUGUUUCUUACCUUUCUUGCAGCUCCUCCAGCUCCCAUGUGUAAAUCUCGUGGCCUUUAGGGCCGCACGGAGCGUAGCCAUAGUAACCCGUGGCAACGCUCUGCGGCCGCGGGACUCACGAGAUUUGAACUGGGGAGCUGGAGGAGCUGCAAGAAAGGUAAGAAACAGCUUCCUGCUGGCCCCCUCAGGACCGCCGGGUUUGUAAUGAGCCUGGCGGCGGUCCUAGGGGGUAUCAUCGGCAAUAUCGGUAUCUAUAUUGGCCGAUACCGAUAUUGCCGAAAAUACAGAAUAUCGGUGUAACAAAAUCCCUUAUUUACAGACCAUACGAACAAGCCUGUAAGGUUAUUUGGAGGAUUACAGCGGGAUUUCGUGAAAAUAGCCAUAAAAGCGAAUAAACUACCGAACCACCGACCUCCCACUGAGGUCGUGUGGCGCCUAUUGACCACCCUGACUGUUUCGGUUAACCACAGACUAAUUGGGGAAUAGCUGGUGGUCCGCGUUCGUUUACCGAACACGUGGCAGACGCCAUUUUGUAUUGUCGAACGCUCAGCGGUAAAUGGCGAGGAUUCCCUGGAACUGAUUUCGGCUACUUAUUUUGUCGAACACUGCUGCUACCUCCUCCCAUCCUCGUUCGUACGGUGGAAAAACACACGAAUGAAGGGGAUACUACUUCAUUCGUGCGCUGAAAGUAUGCGAAAGUGACCGACCCCAGAUAGCUAUAGUAUGGAACUUGUAGUCGGCUACAACCACACGAACGGCCGGUGAAAGUCAAACUUCAGUCGACGAACUGUGUUCGUGGGAUCUGAGCGCUUUUCGCCUAGAAUAUGCACUCAGAUCCAAGCUAUCUGGGGAUAUGUGGAACUUAAAGUUUAUGUUGUGUAAAAAGAAAGUUAUAUAUUUUUAUUCUGUUUUGCUGAAAUAAGAAAAGCCAUGUUUCUUUCUUCCUGGAGAUAAUUAAGGAUCUCUUUGUUACCUUAAGUUAAUUAUCUCCAGGAUGGAAAAGAGGGAGUGAUUUAUGAAAGGGGAAUGCUUAUGCUAUAGCCACUGUGAUUGGCUACUGUGAUACUGUUGUCCCAGUCUUCCAUCUGGUCCCCUAGGGGAGUGUCCACCAGGUGGGAGACCUGCAUAAAUACCGGGCGUGUAGCCCACAGUAAAUCAGAUCGUUUUACCCCUUCAUGAAGUCUCGACUCAUGUUUGGGGGAUUCGGAGUUAUAAUCUCUUCGUUUCAGCUGGAUUUUGGGAGAAGCUGCAAGGAUCAUCGCUGCAUGAAUAGAAGGAUCCUUUACAAUCGGCAAAACCGAUAAUCGGUCGAUCCCUACUUACCUCUGUUAAUUGUGGAUGCAGUGCAGCUCCUGGAAUGUGUGUUGGAGAAGCAGGGACUCCUUCCUGCUUCCCCUGCAGUAGUUAUCCGUCACUUUUAGCCCUGCCCGGCAUCAGUUUGGCUCCUCCCCUGUCGCACGGGAAGCGUGGCCCCGCCACAAUUUUUUUUAUUUAUUUAUUAUUUUUUUUUAAAUACCGGCCAUAUGUGAGCUGUUUUGGCCACAUGGCGCCCCCUGCUCUUUGGCGCCCUGUGCUCAUACAACCCUAAGGCUGGCCCUGCAGAAGGUUAACGAAGUUUGAGGAACCUUGUUGUACUGUCACAGCGCAGAAUAUGAGCGAAGUUUGAGAAGCCUUGUUGUGCUGUCACAGUGCAGAAUAUGAGCGACGAUUGAGAAGCCUUUUUGUACUGUCUGUAACGGAUCACCUGGCACCCCGACUGGGUACCUCUGUUGAAGGAUGCUCCUAGCGCUUCCUGAGGGCUCCAAGCACUCUAGCAGACACCUCCUCGCACUGGCCGACACUCAGUCCUGGAACUCUAGAACCGAAUGAGGAAUUAGCUUUAGUCCUUACAAGAACUUUCCCAGUUGAAUCUCCUGCAAGCUGGAACAGCAGACACAAGAGCAAAUAUUCUUUCCUCCAAUAACAGGACGACACACAGUUUUGGAGUGUAAGCAGGAACAGCCAGAUCUGUGCUUUUUAUUGCUUCUUUUAUACAGGUUUUUACACAAUGUUACCACCCACGUGGUUUUGUAGAACAGCCAAUCAAACCCGUACAAUACAGUUAAACACUCCCAUUCAUUCCACCAAAAUCCUCCCCUCUGCCUGUGAUAUAAUUACUGAACACGAUGGUUUAACGUAAUUAUCACAGGCAGGGAAAAUAGAUUUUAUACAAUUCUCAUAACUUACAAAAUAUACAUACUAUCUCCACAAAAGUUACAUAUUCUUAAUCAGCACACUUCAAAUACAAACAUACCCAAAAAUCAAACAAUUCCCUCCAGUGGUUAAAGUUACCUGAAAGUCCUUUUUGACCGUCUGCAAGUAUGCUUUCCUGCCCAAAACAGUUACAUAGAUUUGGGCUGUGCGGUCGGUCAAUUUCACUCAGAAAAAUAACUAAGUCCCAUUCGAAUCGUCGAACAGGACUUUGUUUUCAGUGAAGUGUUGAAGUGGAGGAGAAGGUAAGGGUCAGCGGUGUUCGUGCAAAUGGGUAGCCGAUUUUUAUUCCUUGUAGCACAUCCACACAGAGAAAAAGGGCAAUUCAUAGUUGGGCAGCGGUCCCGCCACAAUGAAAUCCUCGAUGUCACGAUUCUCUGUGUCCCCACAUCCCCUACUGGAAUGUUUCAUUGGUAAAAUUCUCAGAGCUGUACCAUAGACCUGUAAAUAGCAUUACCUAACCAUGAAGCAUGAGAGCCAGGCAGUAAUAGUGCAUGUAUACUGGUGACCGUAAUUCUUGUUCUUGACCGAAUAGGUAGCUGAUGGGGAGUUCUAUAUGGUGGUCCUCAGAUUGAGGGAGCUCCCUUUUCUUUGGUUGCCCCAGUAUACACACUGCUCCCUUCCCCCAUAGUCCUUUUGCUAAGCUUAGAUCAUACAUUGUGAUACCAGGGAUGUGUACGUGCCCAGCUCUCUCUUCCCACUGUCAUUGUAGUCACCCAUCAGUUCCGCACACUGUUUUACAUGUUUAGUUACACCUUCGUGUAACACUUUGUACUGUUUAAAUAUUCUGCCCGUUGUUCAAAAAACCUGUAGUAGUCUUGUCUGUUUGGGUAGAAGAUGAGAGAUCUAUUUAAUUUUAUCCAGUACUUGGCAGAUGGUUGGGUGAUAUUUCGGUGGAAGCACAGGCUACUAGGCAAAUCGCCGUAAGUUACCAGGCUGCUGUGGUUGCUCCUGGAGGUCCCUAGUGGCAAGGAAAAGGAUUGAUGCAGUAACAACUUCAGGAUCUAAAGUCAGGGACCAGGCACCUUGUUCCUGUUGCAGCCAUCUGCCUUGCUGCUUCCACCAGAAUGCCAGGUAGUGAUUCUCCACCCCAGAGAAUGCGUUUGCACUACUCCAGAGUUCAGUGGCGGCGUGCUUUACAUCCCUUCAGUUGACGCUUGGCAUUGUACCUGAUCAUGUGAGGCUUAUCUACUGCUUCUUGACAGUUGUGUUGAUGUUUGAAAGCAUCAUAUGAUUGUUAUGAAUUCUAUCAAUUAGGGGCAAUUGCAAAGAAUCCUGUAAAUCUAAAUAUACAACAUGAGAACCGCAGGAAGCGCGAUGGUGGAAAAACGGGUAUUAAAGAUAAUGCAAACAAUGAUAUCAUCUUAAAUUAAUGACAGUAGCAAUAAAGUCCUAAAAAAUAAAAUGUAAAUGUAGGUUCCACUUAAUCUUCUAGUAGAAAUAUUUUUCCUCUGUGAUAUAAAGUGAAAAUGCAAAGAUAGUGUGGUAUGUAAUAUAUAAAAAUGCAAUAGUACAAUCGCCACUUAUGGUAAUCACAGAUGGAUAAUGCAGUCAGGGACGGACUGACCAGUCUGGCAGAUCGGUCAUGGACCGAGGGCCUGAGGCAGUCAGGGGCCCGGCACCAUGGCCAUACUCUGGCUGAGGAGAUCAGAGAUCUCUGUAGCUAGCCCCCACUCCCUCCCUCACCCCUUCACCCGUUUUCUCUUCUCUCAGGGAGACCUGGCAUCCAGUUCUUGCUGUCAGGUUUACUCCCCCUUUGCGGUUCUGUUUGUGAGGAGGAAGAGGUGGGGUUGGGAAGUGACCACUUCCUGCCCUCUGCUGAAGAGAAGAAGCUGUAGCAGCCUGGAAGUUUUUUUACAUCCUCACCUCAGCCCCCCUCUAUCCAUCUCAGCACCCCUCCUCUGCUCCCACCUCCAGCCCCCUCUGCUCCCACCUCAACCCCAACGGUACCCACUUCAGCUCCUCCACACACCACAUCUCUCCUUGCACCCACCUCAGCCACCAUUCCUCCCUGCACUUACCCUAGGAUCUUUUUUUUUUUUAGUAUGUAUCUGUGUCCUUUUAUAUCAGUGUGUGUAUUCCUGUGGGCGAGAUUUGAAGGCAGGCCCCCGGGGGCCCAGACCCUGAGCUGAGUUAAGGGCCCUAAAAUUUCUGGUGGCGGCCCUGCCUAUUUCCCCCCCCACGCACCCACUACAGCCACUAUACUACUUAAACAAAGUAAAGCAUCUAUUAUUCAAACAUGAACACAUUACAGCCCCAGUAACCACCACAUGCCUACUACAGACUCGAUCCCACACACAUUGCAACACAACCAGCCCUGUCCACUCACUGCACUGCAAAUAGCCCCAUUAACACACACACAAAAACCCACAAGGAGCCUCACUGUAUAGACACAAUCCCACAAGCAGCAUCCCCCACACAUACAAAACCACAUGCAGCCUCCUUACACAUACACAUCACUAACCGCAUACCCACCAUUGCAAUACUACAUACCGCUUCCACACACACAAUUAUUACAAUCACUUAUAUAGCGCCAACAUAUUCUGCAGCGCUGUACAAUAGGUAAAACAAGAGAAACGAUUAAUCCAAAACAACACUUUGACUAUCACUAGCAUCCCCACACACGCAACCCCACAUGUGGCUACUUGUAUGGUUGCACAUGUGGGAACACUGCUUGUGAUGUCCUCAGCAAAGUCAGUGGAGGUGUGUAAUUAAAUUUUGCUUUAUUACUUUAUUUUAAUUGCUGGGGAGGCACGCCAGCAAGGGUUACUCCAUCUAAAAACAGUGUUUAUUAAAAUACUGUUUUUGGGUGGAUUAACCACUUAAAAGUAAAUCUGCCCAUUGUUGGGGGCUCGACGGGUGUGGGAGUCAGGGCUGUGUGGCUCUCACACAGCCAUUCUGUGUGCUGGGCUGCCUACACAUAAUAUAUGUGUGAAAGCAGAAGAAGAGUAGUAGGGGGCCAAUAAACCUUGUAUGAGGACCAGGAAGGGGGCCUUGAUCACCUACUGCCCUCUGGCUGUGAGUGAUCAGUCCGCCCCUGAAUGCAGUCAGAGGAACACAAUCACAAAAGAGAGAAUCUGAUUGUGUAGUGUCCCAGGCUGACAUGAAAAGAUGUAAAAUAACCACCAACUUAUAUAGAGCAUCUUGUAAGCGCAAGUAAUUCAGCAUGCAGAGGUAUAAUCUCCACUUCAGGAUGUGUAAUAUAUGGGUAUAUUCUGUGACAGCAGUACCAUUCAGGACAGAAUUGUUUCAUGAGCAGGUAUUUUGGGGGUUUUUGUUUUUUAGGUGAGGUAAUUUAAUUUUUUCAUUGUUUACACUAUUUGUAUUUGUUUACUAUACUGGCAAAAAAAUCUGGAUGCUAGGGAUCAUCAUUUCUGGGUUCCUGUGGGCUCAACUUUGGUGGGGCUAUUAACCUCCUACACCUAACAAUCUGAGGAUCUUAUUGCUCCAAAGUCUGUUUAAUUUUGGAAUAUAUAGUAUGCAUUUUCUAUUGUGUCUUGUAAGUCCUGCACACCUCCCAUGAUGUAAUUAAUCCAAAUAAUAUACUGGUGCUCCAGGCUCGGGGGAUGGCAAACCCCCUUAAUACUUCCAAAUGCAGACAUAGUCCAGGUAUACACACUCUGUAUUGAAAGAAGCCCAACAUGACAAUAUUUCGACCGAUCUAUUAACAGACUUUCUCUAAUGACUUGAGACAGGCAAUCCAUAUUGUCCGAAAUGUUGUCCUGUUCUGCUAGUUUCAAUAAACAGUCUGCAGUAUGAUGGAAUCUGCGUGUCUGUACUCUCUCUGCAUUUGGUUGUAUGGUACUGCUGUCACAGAGGAUAACCAUGAAUUAACUAUGACCGUUUGUAUACUGAUGACAUGGCUUUGCUUGUGUGGUGUGUGGUUUUUUUUUUAAUUUUUUUAUUAUGCUUUGUGAUUGUCAACUACUUUGAUGGCAUAAUACAUCAUUAACGGAAAGAUGAUGUCCCAGUUAAAGUCUGUAUUUUAUAUUUCCCUUAACUCUCAGUAACUUUAUUUCAGAUGGCUCCAUUGGCAGCGGUAAUCCUGAAAACCAUAUAAAGUACAGACGUACACUAACCAAGCGAUUGAAGAAACCUGUUACAAUAAAAUUCAAAGACUCCAUCUCACAAGAUCUAGGAACUUCUACACAGAAGAUAAACACUGGAGAAAAAUCAUUCUCCUGUUCAGAAUGUGGGGAAUGUUUUCGGAAGUAUUCAGAUCUUGUCAGACAUCAAAAAACUCAUACUGGAGAAAAGGUUUUCUCAUGUUCUGAAUGUGGGAAAUGUUUUGCUCACAUUUCACUGCUUGUUGCACAUGAGAGAACUCACACAGGAGAUAAACCAUUUUCGUGUUCUGAGUGUGGGAAAUGUUUUUCCCUCAAAUCAUAUCUUAUUGUACAUCAGAGAACUCACACAGGAGAGAAACUUUUUUCAUGUUAUGAAUGCGGGAAACUGUUUUCAUACCACUCCCACCUUGUUAAACAUCAGAGAUCUCAUACAGGAGAGAAGCCUUUCUCAUGUACUGAAUGUGGGAAAUGUUUUAGCCAGCACUCAGAUCUUGUUCGGCAUCAGAGAACUCACACUAGAUCAAAGCCUUACUCAUGUACUGAAUGUGGGAAAUGUUUUAUACACCACUCACUGCUUGUAACACAUCUGCGAUCUCACACAGGAGAGAAACCGUUCUCAUGCUCUGAAUGUGGGAAAUGUUUCACCAAGAACUUAUAUCUUAUUGCUCAUCAGAGAACUCAUACAGGAGAGAAACCUUUCUCGUGUUCUGAAUGUGGAAAAUGUUUUACCCACAACUCGUAUCUUAUUGCACAUCAGAGAAAUCACAUGGAAGAAAAGCCUUUUUCAUGCUCUGAAUGUGAGAAAUGUUUUACACAUCAUUCUCACCUUGUUAAACACCAGAGAACUCAUACAGGUGAGAAACAUUUUUCAUGUAGUGAAUGUGGAAAAUGUUUUGGCCAGCACUCAGACCUUGUUCGUCAUCAGAUAACUCACACAGGCGAAAAACCCUUCUCAUGUUCUGAAUGUGGGAAAUUUUUUAGCUGCAAAUCGAA